AUGACAAGUGUCAGAACAGGUGUCUCGACAUAUGUCAAAGAUUGUAUUAAGACAGGUGUCAAAGAAGGUAUCAAAACAAGUGUCAGGACAGGUGUUACAACAUGUGUCAAGGCAGGUGUCACAGCAGUGUGUGUCUCCAGUGGUGGUCAUGUCCUAGAUAGGAUAGAUUGCUGGAUCUACUUGCCUAUUGGCACAAUAACCACUAUACUACCAUUUGUUAUGAAUAUAUUUGUUAUGGUCAGCUUCCUGGGUCACGCGUCGUCUGCAAGCGCCGGAAACGGCAUCACAGAAGAACCAGUGUAUGAAAUGGUGAUACCGGUACAAAUUGAUGAGCAUGGAGAAUACUUAUCUCAUAACUUAUGGCCUCAUAGAUCUAAGAGAGAUAAUACCGAGAACGUAGAACAAAUUCACUACAGUGUAUCAGGUUAUGGACAAGACUUUCGCUUACAAUUAGAACCAAAUGAAAAACUUAUAACACCGGGAUUGUCAUUACAGUGGCGACGAAAAGAAAGUACAUACACCACAGAGUUGGAUAUAACAGAACAUUGUUUUUAUCGUGGUAGACUUCUAUCUCAUAAAAAUACAACGGUAGCUAUCAGUACAUGUAAUGGGUUGAGAGGAUUACUCAGGACAGAGGAUGAAGAUUACUUACUAGAGCCACUGCCAGUACAUUUACAUACAGUUCAUAAUGUUAAUCAAGAAACAGAGCAUCAACCUCAUAUGUUGUACAAGAGAUCUAACUUACAUCGAGUUCUCAGAAAUACAGAAGAGCAUGGAGAGAUGUUUCAUUCAAAUAAUUCUCAUAAACAACAUUACUGUGGCAGAAAAAAAAAUACUGCUCCCUUGAAUUAUCAAAUUAUUGUGCAAGACAUGGACAAGUAUGCACCACCAUAUUUACAUAUAUUGAUCCAUCAACCGCAUGUUCCAAUGAAGCCAUUUAUUUUGAAUGAUGAGUAUAUGGAUGGUAGCAUACGUGAGAAAAGAUCCAUUGGUAGUAAUGAGAUACCUACGUCCAGAUCAGUUGAAACUUUAGUUGUUGUUGAUGAGAAGAUGCUGGAAAAUCAUGGAUCGGAAAAUGUUACUACUUAUGUCUUAACUGUUCUUAAUAUGGUAUCAAGCUUGUUUCAAGAUGGCAGUAUUGGUGAUUCUGUGGACAUUGCUUUAGUUAGUCUAGUUUUGUUAGAGGACGCACAGGCGGGUUUAUCCAUUAGCAAUCAUGCAGACCACUCAUUGCAGAGCUUUUGUCAGUGGCAGUCAACGUUACAAAGUUUAAACGGUUCUCGACAUGACCACGCUAUACUUCUAACUGGAAUGGAUAUCUGUUCUUAUAAAAACGAACCGUGUGAUACCCUUGGAUUUGCACCCAUUAAUGGUAUGUGUAGUAAAUAUCGUAGCUGUACAAUAAAUGAAGAUACAGGACUUGGUUUAGCAUUUACGAUAGCGCAUGAAUCAGGACACAAUUUUGGUAUGAUACAUGAUGGAGAAGGGAAUGACUGUAGUAAAUCACGUGGUCAUAUUAUGUCACCGACAAUGACAGGAAAUAAUAAUGGUAUUUUUUCAUGGUCACAAUGUAGCAGAGAAUAUCUUGAAAAUUUCUUGAGUUCUUCCAAAGCAGUAUGCUUACUGGACCAACCUGCUGCUAUUACUGGCUAUGAAUUUCCUGCCAAGUUACCUGGGGAACUCUACGAUGCUGAUAUGCAAUGUAAAUGGCAGUUUGGAGAAAGUGCUAAACUCUGCACUUUUGACUUCGGAAAGAGUUUGUGUAAAGCCCUCUGGUGCCAUAAAAAUCAAAGACAGUGCGAGACGAAAUUCCUUCCAGCAGCAGAAGGGACAUCAUGCGGCCAUAGUAAAUGGUGUCGACGUGGAGUCUGCGUGAAUUACGGUGACGCUGGUCCAUCUGUAAUUCAUGGGAAUUGGUCGGCAUAUGCAGAGUAUGGUGAAUGUAGCCGGACUUGUGGGGGCGGUAUAACAUACAAAGAAAGAGAAUGCAAUAAUCCCAAGCCUCAAUACGGUGGAAGGUAUUGCCAAGGAGAUAGUAAAUCUUACAGAAUGUGUAAUAUACAGGAUUGUCCCAGCAAUGAUAUUGAUUUCCGAUCUCAGCAAUGUGCAGCAUAUAACAGUAAACCAUUCAGAGGAUUCUAUUAUAAAUGGAAACCAUACACACAUGUAGAUAGAAAGGAAUCGUGUAAAUUGUACUGCAUAGCAGAAGACUAUGAUUUCUUCUUUGCAUUGUCUAGUAAAGUUAUGGAUGGUACACCAUGCAGAGAAGAUUCACUGGACGUGUGCGUUAACGGGAAAUGUGAGUCUGUUGGAUGUGAUCAUGUGCUUGGUUCUUCAACUCGUUUUGAUGGUUGUGGUGUGUGCAAUGGGGAUAAUACUACCUGUGACUUCAUAAAAGGUGUUUUUAUGGAACAGCCAGCACACAAUGACUAUUACCCUAUUGUAGUUGUGCCUGAAGGAGCCAGGAAUAUUCUUGUAGAAGAAGUUAAUAUAUCAUCAAGUUAUCUCGCAAUACGAAAUGAACAUCAUGAAUAUUAUCUUACUGGUGAUUGGACGGUUGAUUGGCCAGGUGAAUUUAAAAUGGCAGGUACUUCAUUUGUGUACAGUAGAGAAUAUAAUAAACCAGAAUCCUUGAGUGCACCUGGACCAACCAAUGAAGAAAUUGUAAUUGAGCUAUUACUACAAGGAAUGAAUCCUGGAGUGAAGUAUUUCUAUGCAUUGUCCAACUCUGACAAUGGAACUGUAAAAGAACAGAUAUAUAACUAUACUUGGAGUGCUAUCAUGACGGAAUGUUCAGUCACAUGUGCCGGAGGUGAGAUGACAACAAUAUCUCAAUGUUGGAGAGAUUACAAAGAACAAGUUGAUGAAUCGUACUGCGACUUAGAAUUAAAACCACACAGUGGAAGUUAUCCGUGUAAUUUAGAACCCUGUCCCGCAAGCUGGGUACUGUCUGAAUGGGGUGACUGUGAUAGAAAGUGUGGUGGUGGAAGACAAAAAAGAAAAGUACAGUGUAUUCGACAAAUCACACAGACACGUCAGAAGAGUGUUAAAGCAGCUUUUUGUCCCGGAAGUCGACCUCAGCGAUGGAUGACGUGCAACACGCAGGAAUGUCCGCCAAAAUGGAUCGCUGCUAAAUGGUCUCAAUGUACAAAGACAUGUGGUGGUGGAUUUCAGGCAAGACAAGUAACAUGUAGAUCUACAAACCAAGGAGGUUUAGCUACGAGUUGUAUCGCAUCAGAAAAACCUACUACCUCACAAACAUGUAAUAAAGAUCCAUGUCCUAGACAAGAUCCAGACUGUGUGGAUCUAUUUGAUUGGUGCCACCUUGUACCUCGGCAUAAUGUAUGUGAUCACAAGUUCUAUGGAAUUAAGUGUUGCAAGUCGUGUACCAGAGGAAAAAGAUGA